CUGGUGGGUUAAACAAAGCUCCAAACUCUGCUGGAUUGAAAACCUUACACCAAUAAAACAAGGAGCUAACAGUCUCAGACAGGGGGGAAGAUGGCGUUUCUUAUUAAGAGCAUGGUGGGGAACCCGCUAAAAGGGAUGGGACUCGGAGGAGGAGAGGACAAAUCCGAGGCAGACGCUCCCAAGGACCCGGCAGCGGCGGCUGGGAUGACCAGGGAGGAAUAUGAGGAGUACCAGAAACAAGUGGUGGAGGAGAAGAUGCAAAGAGAUGCAGAUUUUCUGCACAGGAAGGCAGAGAGGGCGACGCUCAGGGUUUGUCUUCGUGAGAAAUACAGACUGCCAAAGAGUGAGCAGGACGAGAAUAUGCUCCAGAUGGCUGGAGACGACGUUGAUGUCCCCGAGGAGCUGCUGAAGAUGGUUGACGAGGACGCAACAGAGGAGGAGGAGAAGGACUCCAUCAUGGGUCAGAUACAGAACCUGCAGAACAUGGACAUGGAUCAGAUCAAGGAGAAAGCUUCGGCCACGUAUAACGAGAUGAAGAGCAAGGCCGAGGAGAAGUGUUGUGUCAUGUAACGAUCCUGAUGAGACACGACACACUGAGAAAGAGAGAGAGAGAGAGAGAGAGAGAGGGAGAGAUUCAUAUUCAGUAUUUUAACCAUGGGUGUGUAUGAUUAUGUGUAGUAUAACUGCCUCCAUAUGUGUUUAUGUUUAAGUAUGAUCACUUAUACUGUGACAUAACAUCUUCUUUAUUGAUAAUAAUCAACUAUGCUGCUUUGUUUUUGAUUUUAUUUUUUAUGUAAGUACAUGCUAUUUAAACUGGAAGUUAUUGUUCUACGUUGUCUGGCCGAAAAAGCCACAUUUCCAAAGUGUUGAAAAAUCUGCCUGCAUGUACCUGUUUUAAGAAAUGUCCAACACAUUAUUAAAACCUUGGAAGAAUCGUUUCGAGGAUGAUGAAAACAUCCUGA